UGAUGGCCGUGCGGCCUCAGUUUGUCGACUGGUGCCUCGCGAAAGAGGUACUCACACCCGCACAUUCUCGUGCCUCGAUAUAAUCCUUUUAUCGAUAUAACCUUUCUUCUCUUUCUUUUCUUUUCGAAUACAUCGAGGUACAUGGUCACACUCGUAAAUUUAGUCCCGUCUUUACAGUGAAACUUCUGCACGCGUUUGUUUCUCCGAAAGGAUUUCAUAACAACAAAAGUACGCGAAGAGUAGCACAUGCUACUUUGAUUUUAGAUGGCGCAAUUAAUUCAAAUGAUUUACGAUGGUUACCAAGAUCUGAUGGUCAACAAAAGCGAUCCGAGAAUCAAUGAUUGGCCAAUGAUGAGCGAUCCGUUCUCCACAUUAGCGAUUUGCUUGUUCUACGCUUAUUUCGUUAAAGUUUUGGGGCCAAAAAUGAUGGAAAAUCGAAAACCUUUUGAUCUCAGAAGAGUGAUGAUAUGGUACAAUCUAUUUCAAGUAAUAUUCUCCACAUGGUUGUUCAACGAAAGUCUGGUCGGAGGCUGGGGAGGACGAUAUUCCUUCAGGUGUCAGCCGGUUGAUUAUUCAAAUGACCCGAUUGCACUACGAAUGGCACGAGCUUGCUGGUGGUAUUACAUCUCAAAGUUCAUUGAGUUCACGGACACAAUUUUCUUUGUGUUGAGAAAAAAGAAUGACCACAUUACCACUCUCCAUGUCAUCCAUCACGGCUGCAUGCCCAUGUCAGUUUGGUUCGGAGUUAAAUUUACCCCUGGUGGUCACAGCACUUUCUUCGGUUUUCUGAAUACCUUUGUACACAUCGUAAUGUAUUCGUAUUAUCUUCUGGCGGCGCUCGGACCACAGAUACAGCCAUAUCUGUGGUGGAAGAAAUAUUUGACCACUUUGCAAAUGAUCCAGUUCGUCCUUGUAAUGAUUCAUGCAUUCCAAUUACUUUUCAUCGAUUGCAAUUACCCAAAGGCCUUCGUCUGGUGGAUAGGCAUGCACGCUAUAAUGUUCUAUUUCCUCUUCCGCGACUUCUAUAAUGAAGCGUACAAGAAGAAGAAGAAUACAAAGAAUGCUGUAGGCAAACAAGAAGAUGAAAAGGAGCAGAACGUAUCUACAGAUCAAGGAGACAUCAAGGAGAACGGCAAUGAAAAGGGUGUGAUAUAUGCAAACCAGUAUAAAAUGGCCACUGGUUAUAUCUCGGACAGCGGCCUCAGAAAUCGCGUGUUCAUCGACAAUCGAGGCUUUGAUGAAUAAUGAGAGCUUCUAAUUUUAAAGAAAUUUCAAUUAUUAUACGUCGAGCGUACAUUCGAUUGCGAAUUAUCAUUAUUUAAAGCA